AUGGAAGAAGAGGAGGACAGGCCAUCGAGGAUGGAGGAGGAGGAAGAGGAGAAGAAAAAGAUGGGAAGGGGAAGACAGGAGUACCAAGAACUGAGUUCCAAUCUGAAUCGUGUCUCUCGACUAGAGCGUGGAUGGAUCGCUAAAGAAUUAAAACUCGUGAUUGCGUCUCAACAUGUAAUUGGAUCGAAAGAAGCCAUGUUUGUUCAGAGGAGAGUGAAAGUUAUAGUUUUGAGGCAUAAGUUAGUGAGGCAAGCAACAUUCAAGAAGAAGAAAAAGAUGGUGAAGAAGUUGAAAGAGUUGAAAGUGGUUGAGUGGGCACAAGAGGAAGAAAGAAGGAUGGAGAGAGAAGAAGAGAAGAGAGUAGAAAAUAUGAUCAGAGAGGCGAAGGAGGAGCUGAGGAAGCUGAAGGAGGAGAAUAGAUUGAAGGAGUUGUUCCUUGACAUGCUUCAAGUGCAUGAUGAAACUGGAGAAUUUCCUAAUCUGAAAGAUUUAACCAAGAAAGAGCUUCAAGGGUUGCUGGGUUUGAUUGAAGCGAGCAUGCAGACACUUACGCAGCAGAUGGAAGAACCCUACCCAUCAACUUUCCCCUCUUCUUCCUCCCUUCUCGCAUUUCCCAUUACCACUGCUUUAAGAGUACACGUGGCUCAUCCCUCGAAGCCCUUCAACGGAGUUCGAAUCACCACACCCAGAGGGAACAAAGGCGCGCUGAUUGUCUCUGCCGCCGCAGACGGCUCUAGUUUGCCCGCGGAAGCGCUUCCUCCGGCGGUGAGCGAGAAAGAAAGUGGCGUCAGUGUGGAUAAACUUCCAUUGGAGUCGAAGGUAAAGGAGAGAGAGGAGCAAAAGCUGAGGAUGAAACUGGCGAAGAAGAUAAGGUUGCGAAGGAAAAGGCUUCUUCGGAAGUGCAAAUUGAGGAAGAAGGGUAGAUGGCCACCUUCGAAGAUGAAGAAAUUGAAGAAUGUAUGAUAAUCUAUGAAAACUAUUACUUUAAUUUCAAUUGGCUUUAUGCAGAUUUAAGCUUGUUCUCAUUUUAUUUUCACUGCAAUUGUUUUGCUAUCCAACGUGUAUUUUGACUAAUUUAUUAAUUUU